AUGACUAGUUGGCUCCAGUUCUGGAAACACAGAGCCAAGCCAAGCGUGUACGAACCCCAGAAGCAUCCACUGAAAGGAGCAGAGAAGGUCCCCUCGGACCUGGACGUUAAAAAGCUGGACAAGGUCCACAAAGAGCCCAAGGUCUCUGACCUGGACGUGAGCCUAGGGCUCCUCGAACCCUGCAUGUUGGCCACAGUCAAGGAAAGCCCUGCUGUGCACAGUCAGGAGAGCGGGGAGAGACAUGACAGCCGCUCCUUCAGGCAGCUGUCCCAGACCGUGGCCCACUCAGUUUCCACGCUGAUGGUCUCAGUGUUGCAGUCUGGCUGGCGGCUGUGCAGGUGGAAGUCUUCUGUGACUUCCGCCUCGGUGACCUGCGUGAGGUCCGGGUCGUCCCUGAAGACGCCGGAGGCCGAGAUGCUGCGGGAGGUGUACCUGGUGCUCUGGGUCAUCCGCAAGCAGCUGCGAGAGCUGGCCCGCAGGCAGGAGCGCCGCCACAGGCGCCGCAUGCGCUCGCACGCCUCGCACACUUCCCGCCACUCCGACCCGGUGCAGGGCCUCAAACAGGACGCCCGCAGCUCCCUGUAGGCGGGGAGCCCCACGUCCUUAGGAGCCCCCACCUCGCUUGCUAGGAGGGCGACAGGAAGGGCGCGGGGGCCGCCGGGCCAGAGCUGCUCCACCGGAGACGCUUGACCACACUGUCGCCUCUUACGCGAAGCCCGAGGCGGGGCCUAGGGUCGAACAUACUCCCCUUCUCCGUGUUUAUCCAAUUUGUAAGGCAAAACAAAUUAUCUAAAUGUUGAGAAAU